AUGCCUUCUUCGUCUGCACCAAUUACUAUAAUCUCAAGAUGCACCGUUGUCCCUCACAAACCCUCAACACUCAACGACCUCAAGCUUUCAAUCUCAGACCUCAACAUGCUCUCUUGUCACUACAUCCAAAAGGGAUGUAUCUACGCUGCACCCUCACUCCCUCAAACCACUCUAAUCCAAUCCCUUAAAACCUCACUCUCACAAACCCUCUCCAUCUUCCCUCCCCUCGCCGGAACCUUCCGAACCUCAGAUUCCGGCCAUGUCUACGUCCAUUCUAAUGACUCCGGCGUCCAUUUCAUCCACGCCGCGGCUUCUGCAGUUUCUGUCUCCGACCUCUUGUCCUCAAAGGACGUCCCCAACACCUUCCAACAACUCUUCCCCUUCCACAAGAAACUAAACUACACCGCUCAUUUCUCUCCGAUCAUGGCCGUUCAGGUCACCGAGCUCGCCGAUGGUGUCUUCAUCGGCAUCGCCGUCAACCAUGCCGUCACCGACGGAGCCUCCCUCUGGCACUUCUUCAACACCUUCGCUGAAUUCUCCAGAGGAGCCGCAUCGCCAUCGAGGCUCCCGGACUUCCGCCGGGACUCAAUUCUGGUCUCCGAAGCCGUCCUCCGGCUACCGGACGGCGACCUUAAGGUCUCCUUCAAUGCCAACGAGACCUUGCGCGAGAGGAUCUUCGGCUUCAGCCGCGAAUCCAUUCGGAGGCUGAAAGCAGAAGCGAACCGCCGCGCACCGCUGGAGAAUCAAAUCUGCAGCGAUGACGGCGGCUCCGCCGUUGAGUUGAUGGCGAAGAUGAGCAACGACACGAAAUUGGAAACGGUUACUGGAAACAAACCAAAUAGUGAAAUCGUUGAGAUCUCGUCCUUUCAGUCCCUCUGCGCGCUGACUUGGCGUGCGGUUACGCGUGCUAGGAAGAUUCCGUUAUCCAAAUCGACGACGUUUAGAAUGGCGGUUAACGUUCGCAGCAGAAUGGAGCCGAAGCUUGGGGAUAACUACUUUGGGAACGCGAUUCAGAGCUUUGCCACGUGUGCGACCGCGGAAGAAGUAGUGUGCAGGGACCUUUCGUGGAGCGCAAAGCAGCUGAACAAGAGCGUUAGGGCGUACGAUAGCGAUGCGGUGAAGCGCGCCAUAGAGGAUUGGGAGUGCGAGCCACAGUGCUUCGCUUUGGGGAACCACGACGGCGCCACGGUGCAGAUGGGGAGCUCUCCGCGGUUUCCUAUGUACGAUAAUGAUUUCGGGUUGGGGAAACCAGUGGCUGUGAGGAGCGGCGCCGCCAAUAAGUUCGACGGAAAGAUGUCGGCAUUUCCUGGGAGGGAUGGCGGUGGUUCCGUGGACUUGGAGGUGGUCUUGGCGCCCGAUGCUAUGGCGGCUCUUGAGUGUGACGACGAGUUCAUGCUCUAUGCAUCUGGUUGAUGUGGACACGUGUCAGUAUCUUGUGGAGCUUAGCAUUUAGUGAUGCUGUCGUGUUGUACAAUAUACCGUUGGAUCGUGUUUGAGUCAUGUAACGCAUGCAAUAAGAGUAGCAUGUAGUGGCUGCGGCUUGAAUAAAUAGUUAAAUGGUUGGGACUCGGAAU